AUGCAUACCACAAACGACUAUCCCNCGGUCGAGGUCGACAACGAGAUCAAGGGAAGAUUGGCCUUGAUUACUGGAGCUUCUGGAGGUAUUGGAGCCGCAUGUGCACGACAGCUCGCAGCUCAGGGCGUGCAUCUUGCACUUACUUACGCAUCAAACCUGGAGUCAUGCCAAAGACUUGCUGAUGGGCUCAAGAGCGAGCCAGAAAACGCGGAUCUCAAGAUCACUAUCCACAAAGCAGAUCUCGCCAGCAUCGAAGAGACGACAGCAUUAUGCCCCGAGGUUGUCAAGCAACACGGACGAGUCAUUGAUAUUCUGGUAUCCAAUGCUGGAUAUGGUGUCAGGAUCCAGAACGUAUGGGAGAUUCCUUUGGAAGAAUUCGAGCACACCAUCAACGUCAAUCUCCGAGCUACGUUCUUGCUUGUCAAGGGUGUUGUCGAAGGCAUGAGAGAUCAGAGAUGGGGCAGAAUGAUCUUCAUCUCCAGUAUUGCAGCCUAUGGUGCUGGCAUCAACGGUUGUCGUAAAUNNUAUGCUGCUUCUAAGGGUGGACUGCAAUCAAUGAUGAAGAACCUCUCUUCUCGCUUGGCACCUUACAACAUCUCAGUCAAUGAUGUUAGUCCUGCAAUGGUGGGAAGUACUGGUCUGUUGCCUUCUCCCGACAGCGUUCCUGGAGUCGUCGACAGUAUCCCACUGCAGCGUCUCUGUACCCCUGAAGAGGUUGCAAAUGUUGUUUCUAUGUACUGCAAGACUGGAUUUGCCACUNNGGUCAGUCACUUGUGGUCGGCGGUGGGCUGCGAUAAGAGGUGCAUUUGCAGCACGGCGUAUCAAGGCGUUUGA